AUGGACAAGUACGAGGCGGUCAAGGAUUUGGGUUCUGGCAAUUUCGGGGUUGCCAGGCUUAUGAGGAACAAAGUUACAAAGGAACUUGUCGCCAUGAAAUACAUCGAGCGUGGUCAAAAGAUUGAUGAGAACGUGGCUAGAGAGAUCAUGAAUCACAGGUCUCUUCGGCAUCCGAAUAUAAUUCGAUUCAAGGAGGUGAUUUUGACUCCAACACAUUUAGCAAUAGUUAUGGAGUAUGCAGCUGGAGGAGAGCUCUUUGAGAGGAUAUGUAAUGCUGGAAGGUUCAGUGAAGAUGAGGCCAGGUAUUUCUUUCAGCAGCUGAUCUCAGGUGUCCAUUUCUGUCAUACCAUGCAAAUAUGCCACAGAGAUCUGAAGCUAGAGAAUACUCUUUUAGAUGGAAGUCCUGCACCACGCUUAAAAAUUUGUGACUUCGGUUACUCCAAGUCAUCUUUGCUCCAUUCACGCCCCAAAUCAACGGUUGGAACACCGGCGUAUAUAGCACCAGAGGUUCUUUCUAGGAGGGAGUAUGAUGGAAAGAUGGCUGAUGUAUGGUCAUGUGGGGUGACGCUUUAUGUGAUGCUGGUCGGAGCAUAUCCGUUUGAGGACCAGGAUGACCCUAAAAAUUUUAGGAAAACAAUUCAGCGUAUAAUGGCCAUUCAAUACAGAAUUCCUGAUUAUGUUCACAUAUCUCAAGAUUGCAGACACCUUAUCUCUCGGAUAUUUGUUGCAAAUCCAUUGAGGAGAAUUACUAUUAGGGAAAUCAAGAGCCACCCAUGGUUUUUAAAGAAUCUCCCAAGGGAGCUAACAGAAUCAGCUCAAGCUAUGUACUACCAGAGGGAAAAUCCAAGCUUUCACCUACAAAGCGUGGACGAUGUGAUGAAAAUCGUGGGAGAGGCAAGAAACCCGCCUCCAAUAUCUAGGCCCAUCAGAGGUUUUGGCUGGGAAGGCGAAGAAGAUGAAGAAGCAGAAGACGAAGAAGCAGAGUUGGAAGAAGAGGAAGUUGAAGAAGACGAGUACGAUAAGAGGGUCAAAGAGGUUCAUGCGAGUGGAGAAUUCCAUGUCAGUUAA